AUGGCAGCGAAAAUCCGUCAUUCGACUCUUCUUCUUCUACUACUUGUAGUAGCUUUCUUCCUACCCCUGGUCUGUUCCACGGAGUUCGUCCACCUGUACUUCAAUUACACCAUCGACCCCUACACCAAGAACUACGCAGACUUGAAGAGAAUACUGGUGAGGAACCAGCCCGAGCUGCGAGUGCUGACGAGCAGGGCGUUGGCGUUGGUUGUAAUUCGAUCAUCCUCUCUGACUUGCUUUUUUUUAUUUACGGAAGGGGAUCUUCCCCAGGACAAGUGCGUCGUCGCCUUCGCCGACGACGAUAUCUCCGCCAUGGGCUUCAGGAACUCCACCGGGCACUGGCACUGCAUAGGAGGCUUCCGGUUCGCGGGCUGUACAGUUCUCCCCUUCGGGGAGAAUUACGGCGAGCUUCUAGGAGAGGGUGGCCACGUAAACCUCCCGUUGGUACCGCUCGGGAGGGAGGCGGCGAAAGAGGGAGUGCGCCUUCUGGCAAGCUACUCAUACUCCCCCGGCGGGGACCUUGGACCGGCUAAGCGAGGCAUGGCCAGGUUCAUCGUCAUGAUAGCCGAAGCAGCCCGUUUCCGGCCCAUCAGCAACAGGUUGGCGGAUCACUGGGAGGAAGAGACUUACAUGCUCGAGGUUGAGGCAAAUUUCUGUAUAAACUGGGGGAAAAUGUCGUUUUUACUUAUUGACUGGGAUAAAACAACCGGGCGUACAAGCUGGGGAAGGGGCCAUUACACAGCGGCUCAGGAGUUGGAGCGGGAAACAGGAAUUAAGAGCCAAGGAGAUGUUUUACGCGUCCUAGACCUGCUGGUGAGGCCAAGAUCAGGCUACACUGUCCCCAACUAA